UUUGAUUUCACAGUGCAGCCGGCGGCAAGCAACUGAGAGAUCAAGUUCAACGUCUCCACGCCAAGGCAGAAUGCAGGGUAAAGACAGCGCCGAUACAAGCUCUUGGCCGAGAGCAGAGCGGAGCACGUAAUGAACCCAAGCCCGUAAACUCGGACAGAGAGCAGCAUUCAAGUCAGCGGUGUUACAAAAGGCUGCGGGGAACCCCAAAGGCGGCAGCGGUCUGGGUAGCGGCUGCUUGAGCGACGGAGACGGAGAAAGAACGGAAGGAAAUGCUUGUCACCGACAGGUGGUCCGACGCCUGUUACUGAGAAACGCCGCGGUCAGAAACAACGCCGGCGGAGACAACGGCUGGUACGAUGGAAAGUUGCACAGCGGACUGUUCAGGCCCCCCAGCCGCAUCCGACGGGCCCAGCCUCACCGCCCCCUCCACCUCGGCCUCGGGACCCGCUGACCUGGAGUGCGCCAUCUGCUUCUCUCCCUUCGACAACGUCUUCAAGCUGCCCAAGCUGCUGGCCUGUGGCCACACCUUCUGCCUGGAGUGCCUGGCCCGGAUCAACGUGUCGUCAGAGAACAGCAGCUCUGUCGCCUGCCCCUUCUGCCGCCAGCCCACCCCGCUGCCCUCGGGCAAGGGGCUGCCGGCUCUCGACAACAACCAGGACGUCCUGUCCCGCCUGCCCUCCAGCAUGCAGACCGUCCCCUCCAUACGGUUCAGCCGGGACAAGGGCAAACUCUACACCAAGGGGCCCGAGCCCGGCUCCUUCCUCAAGCCCAUCAACAGCAUCAGCAUGAGCCUGGACGUGGGUCAGCCCAUGCUCCGGGGCAGAGCCUCCAGCCACGGGAUGCCCUUCCGCACCAGCUGGUGUUACUACGUGGCCAUCGUCUGUGUCGUGCUGCUCACCAUCGCCCUGGUCUUCUCCGGCAUCUUCAUCUUCGUCAUCGUGCCCUCCCUCACCAGCAGUGGCACCCCUGGGCCAAGGAACACCACCGGGGUCCUGCCCAGCUCCUCGGUGCCCUAAUCCGCCAGCGCCAAAGGCUUCACCCCCGAACUCAGGUCACAUUCUCUCUUCCUCCGCCCAAGUCCCAAAGCUUUGCUCACUCCUCUUCCAGCCCUCCUGGGCCGGGUAAUUUUGUCCUUAUAAUAAGGGGAAUAGAUAGAGUGGACAGCCAGCGCCUCUUUUCCAGGGCAUCAAUGCUCAAUACAAGAGGGCAUGGCUUUAAAGUAAUGGGUGGGAAGUUCAAGGGAGAUAUCAGAGGGAGGUUUUUUUACCCAGACAGUGGUUGGGGCGUGGAAUGCGCUGCCUGGGGUGGUGGUGGAGGCAGGUACAUUGGUCAAAUUCAAGAGAUUACUAGAUAGGCACAUGGAGGAAUUUAAAAUAGAGGGAUAUGUGGGAGGAAGGGGUUAGAUAGUCUUAGGCGAGGUUUAAAGGUCGGCACAACAUUGUGGGCCGAAGGGCCUGUAUUGUGCUGUACCGUUCUAUGUCCUUAUAAAUCCAACCACCACCUCAGCUCUACCUUUAUGCCCCACACCCCCCUUCACAUAGGACAAUCGAGAGUCUACCUCCUGAACAUCUCUCCACCGUGGCAGGGGAGGGUUUCGUGGACUAUCCCACGUAUGUGGACACCGCAGCCAGCACUGGGAACUGUGCCGAUCACUGGGGGGGUGGGGGG